AAACAAAUCAAAGAAAGAUCUGCAUUGUUUAGUUUGAAUCACUCACUCAUAUUUUUCUAAAACUUGAUAAAACAGAAGAACUACAAAUACGUAAUUGCGCUUAAUUUUAUGAUAUAUUUAGGCCUAUAGUGUAAAGUUUUCUUGAAGGAAAAAAGCACCUAACCCAUCAGAAAUAUGGUUGGGCUCGAUGCAGACCAGAAUCGAGACGACGAAUGCGACAACAUUGGCUUAGGAUGUGCGCUGGAACAUUUUUCUGAAGUAGAGGAUGUCAUGAAUAUGAUAGAUAAUGUGAAAAACAUCUAUAACACACCAGCAUUUGAAGUAGAAUACGAUAAGUUGUAUGCUAUCAUCAAGCAAUAUUAUGAGCAACCUCACUUACUGGAUCCUCAUUUAGAUAAGAUUUUAGCUAAGUUUUUGAGUCUUAUAAAAGAUAAAGAGUCACCUAUUGAGUUGAAACAUGCUACAUUUAAUUAUAUGUACCAGAUUUUCAGAGUAAGAGGAUACAAAAUAGUUAUCAGGCAUCUUCCUCAUGAGGUCUCAGAUCUACUGACUGUACUGUCAUUUCUGGAAGCCCAAGAUCCUAAGGACAAGGAGACAUGGAGGAGCAGGUUUGUGCUCCUGCUCUGGCUGUCGAUUGUUGUUAUCAUUCCGUUCCACAUGAGCCGCCUUGAUGGUUUUGCACCAGGUCAACCAGAUGCUGGCAAUUCAAAAAAGAUGACUGUGAUGGAGAAAAUCUUUAAUAUCUGCAAAACUUAUUCUCUCAGUAAAGAUGCUUGCGCUGAGGCAAGUGCUUUUUUAACUUCAAAGUUCCUUAUUAGAUCUGAUGUUAAAGAAUUAUACAUGGGUGCAUUUUUUGAUUGGGCCUGUGAACUACAUUCCAAUAUUCAAGAAGAAGACACCAUACACUAUGGUGUGCUUGCUGCCGUUGCUGCAGUCCUGAAACAUGGGAAAAGAGAUGAUUUGCUGCCAUAUGCACCCAAGUUGCUGGAGUGGGUGACCAAGCAGAACUAUAAGUCACACAAAGCUAUGCUCGUUAGAAAGUAUGGAGUGAAGAUUGUGCAAAGAAUUGGUCUAACAUUCCUGCGUCCGCGGGUGGCGUCGUGGCGCUACACUCGCGGCUCCCGCUCGCUGGCCGUCACGCUGGGCGGCGCGCAGGCCGCGGGUGAUACUGAGCCCGCGCUCGCCAGUGUACACACCGACGAGGAUAUACCGCAGGAGGUAGAAGAUGUAGUAGAACUUCUGCUAUGCUCCCUCCGCGACGACGACACCGUGGUACGAUGGUCGGCUGCCAAGGGCGUGGGUCGCAUCGGAGCUAGGUUGCCGGCGCUGGCUGCGGCGGACGUCUGUGAAACUGUACUUGGGCUGUUUGUUGAUAAUGAGAGGGAGACCGCUUGGCAUGGUGGUUGUAUGGCGUUAGCUGAGCUGGCUCGUCGCGGCCUCCUCUCUCCAGCCCAAGUGGGGUCGGGCAUAAACAGUGUGAUCCGCGCCCUAGAGCGCGACGAGCCGCGCGCGGCGUGCGGCGGCGGCGGCGGCCGCGCGGCGCGUGACGCGGCCUGCCACGCCGCGUGGGCGUUCGCGCGCGCGUACGACGCGGCUGCGCUGGCGCCGCACGCCGACGCAUUGGCCAACGCUCUGAUUGCCACCACGUGCUUCGAUAGGGAGAUAAACUGCAGGCGAGCCGCAUCCGCAGCUUAUCAAGAAAAUGUUGGUAGACAUGGCAUGUUUCCCCACGGAAUCGAUGUGUUGACCACCGCUGAUUUCCAGUCAGUCGGUCCCAGGAACAACUCCUACUUGGUCAUAGCUCCACAGGUCGCCAGUUACCCCGAGUACACCCGCCCCCUGGUGGAUCACCUGGUGGACCUGAAGGUGGAACACUGGGACUGCGCCAUCCGUGAGUUGGCCGCCAAAGCCCUACACAAGAUCACUCCUAAGAUUCCAGAGUAUGUAGCGGCUGAUAUCCUGCAGAAAUUGGUGAAUAAGACAGAGUCCAUAGACCUGAAUGUGCGUCACGGCGCUAUACUGGCCAUCGGGGAGGCGAUACAUGCCUUGGCUGAGACGAAGCUACCUGAUGGUAAAGCCGGUGACACACUGAUAUCGGAAGACAUUUUGAUCGCCGUCCGCGACUUGGUGCCUCACCUCCGCUCUCGCCAGCAGUUUAGAGGAUUGGGAGGAGAGCUGAUGAGACAAGCUUGUUGUCAGUGUAUAGCGUCGCUCGCUUUGGGCGCCGCACCUUACCACUCUCAUGAUACUAUUGACGACUGGCUGAAUCUAAUCGAAGAAUGUCUAUCCCACGAGGUGCAACCGAUCCGCGAGAAGGCAAUCCGCGCGCUGCCGCUAGUGUUCCAACAGUACCUGCGCGACGACAACAUGAAGUAUGGCGACCUCACCGCUAAGCAGAAACGGAUGCGGUUGCUGGAGAAGUAUUGCGAGCAGCUGGGCAACACUGGGGUUAAUGGGCUGCUGUUGAGGAUGGGGUAUGCUAGGGCUGUUGGAUCGUUACCCAAAUUCGUGCUAUCUGAAAAUCUACAACUGGUCAUUCAGUCGCUGAUAGAAUGCAGCAAAGUGACGGACGCCACUCAUAAAUGGGCUGAAGCGAGGAGGGACGCGGUUAUUGGACUCACUGAAGUUUGUCAAACACUGGGUAUUGCAAACGGAGUGGAGAAUUACGUGGGGGAGAUUGUAGAAGCGUUGCUGGCGUGUCUGUCGGAGUACACCAUCGACAUGAGGGGCGACAUCGGCGCCUGGGUGCGCGAGGCCAGCAUGACUGGUCUCCUCUCCCUAAGUCGUCAGUGCGCAGUAGAAGCGCCGCAGCUGAAUACCGCGGCGGUGGUGAGCGCCGCGAUGCGCGGCGUGGCGCAGCAAGCGGUGGAGAAGAUCGACCGCACGAGGGCGCACGCGGGGAGGAUCUUCACUUCUUUUAUAUACAACGACCCGCCAAUCAAUAACAUUCCUAAUCACGACGCGCUAAAGCGCAUUUUCCCAUCCGAGGAAGUCGAACUGAAACAAGGCAAGGAAACAGAGGAGGAUGAGACUGCUAGUGAGAAUUUCAACGUAGUUCUGUGGUUGUUCCCCGGACACACUAUGCCGCGAUUCGUGCAGCUAUUGACGUAUCCCGACUAUAGAUAUAAUGUCAUUAAAGGGCUCAUUGUUAGCGGCGGCGAGAUGACUGAGAGCUUGGUAAAACACACAACGCAAUCCCUAUACGCCUACCUGAAUUCUAUACAAAGCGACAAAGAUCUGCUAGUGGCCAUCUGCGACACUAUCGUGCAAGUGUUCGCUGAUAACAUCAACGUAAAGCGGAUCACGGGACCAAUAUUCAACUUCCUUGACAGACUGCUUAGCUCAGGUUCAAUAUCACCAAUCCUUGAAGAUCCAGAUUCAACAUUUGCUCUGAAUGUGUUGAAAUAUCUUCAGUUGGAACUCAGAGGAGCGAAGAAUAUUUACAAACUUCUUGAUUCCAUCAAUGUGUUGUGUCAGUUAAUCCAGGUGGUGUCGACGUGCGCGCGCGCCGCCGGGCAGCUGGUGGUGUACCUCUGCUACGGCGAGCGCUACGUGCGGCGCUGCGCAGCCGCGCGACUCUACGAGGCGCUCGCGCUCUACGGCGACGACUGCGCUCUGCCGCACGACUCUCUGCCGCAGGUGAUGUCGAAACUAGCCGAUACGGACUGGGAGCGAGACGUGACGGAAUUGAGACCAAUCAGGAACGAAAUUUGUGAUCUCAUGGGGAUAAAGCGACCAGUUUUGAAACAGAAGCCUUAAUACACCAAUUUAUUUUUAUAAAUACGCUUUUAUGUGGCUGCUUGGAGCAAGUAAUUUGCCAAAUUGAUUUGAUUGCUUCGUGCCUUUGAGGUAGGUAUAUUAUUACUUUCGUAUAGUAAUAUAUAUUCUUAUAUUAAUAACUCGAGAUAUUCGCAAUGGCGGUGCUUAAGACUAAUAAAUAUUUCAAAAAUGUAUUACUAUGGAGUCGCAUUAAAUUUAAACGAAAAAUAAUGUUAAUUUUACUAAUUUAACAAAUAUAUAAUUUGCGAUCCCAUAAUUUUUUAUGUUCUUCGUAUCGUAUCAAUUGUUAUGUGCGUACCAUAACUUUGAUGUAUCCAUGACAUAUCUACACGGUAAUAAAAUGUUUGUAAAAAUUUGGAGCCGUGAAAUAAUUUGGUACUUUUUACGUUGCAAUAAUGCAAUCAGAUUAGUCGCACCACGUAACCGUGGUUAUAAUUUUGCUGUGUUUACUUACAUAAUGAAAUAAUGUAUUACAAGAUUAUCACAAGAUGUACUGGUUUUAUAUACUCACAGAAUUAAUUUGUUCUUGAACAAUAAAACUUAUUUAUUUU